AUCUCCCUCUCUAAUAUUGCUUACGUUUCCUUCUCUCCCCACUGCUUGUCUGUCUGCUUUGACAGCUUUAAACGCCAUGAACGCCAUAGCCACAGCAGCAGCUCUCUCUCUCCCUCUCCCUCUCUCUUUCUGUAAAUCGUCUAAGCUAAACACCAGAAAGGAUGUAAGGGGAGGAUUUCGGGUGUUUGCUGUAUUUGGAGAAGAAGCUGCGGCGGACAAGAAGAGUGUCUGGGGGGCUCUCUUUGAUGUGGAGGAUCCGAGAUCUAAAGUCCCACAGUUCAAAGGGAAGUUUUUAGAUGUAAAUCAGGCACUGGAAGUGGCUAGAUAUGACAUUCAGUACUGUGAUUGGCGGGCUCGGCAAGACGUGCUCACAAUCAUGCUUCUUCAUGAAAAGGUUGUGGAAGUUUUGAAUCCUUUGGCCCGUGAUUACAAAUCUAUUGGCACCAUGAAGAAGGAGCUUGCAGAAUUGCAAGAAGAUCUAGCACAGGCUCAUAGACAGGUUCAUAUUUCUGAAGCAAGGGUUGCCACUGCAUUAGACAAACUAGCUUACAUGGAAGAAUUGGUGAAUGAUAGGCUGUUACAAGAUAAAAACACAAUGGUGACAGAGCAAGCAUCAUCUUCCUCCAUUUCUUCCAUGUCAACGACUUCUUCUACACAGUCUCUGGACGCUGUAAAAAGGAGGUUGCCUCGGAAAAGCUUGAAUGUGUCAGGUCCUGUUCAGCCAUACCAUCCUCGGUUGAAGAACUUUUGGUACCCUGUUGCGUUUUCUGCUGACCUGAAGGACGAUACCAUGGUUCCCAUUGAUUGUUUUGAGGAGCCGUGGGUUCUCUUUCGUGGAAAAGAUGGGAAACCUGGUUGUGUUCAGAACACCUGUGCACAUAGAGCAUGUCCUCUCCAUCUUGGUUCAGUAAAUGAGGGACGUAUCCAAUGUCCAUACCAUGGGUGGGAGUACACAACAGAUGGUAAAUGCGAGAAAAUGCCAUCAACACGACUACUUAAUGUGAAGAUAAAGUCUUUGCCAUGUUUUGAAAAAGAAGGGAUGAUUUGGGUUUGGCCUGGCAAUGACCCGCCAUCUGCCACCCUUCCUUCUCUAGAACCUCCUGAAGGAUUUCAAAUCCAUGCUGAGAUUGUCAUGGAACUUCCAGUAGAACAUGGGCUACUUUUGGACAACCUUUUGGAUCUUGCACAUGCUCCUUUCACUCACACGUCCACCUUUGCUAAGGGAUGGAGUGUUCCGAGCUUGGUGAAAUUCUUGACACCUGCAUCUGGCCUCCAAGGAUAUUGGGACCCUUAUCCAAUAGACAUGGAGUUCCGGCCUCCUUGUAUGGUUCUUUCAACAAUUGGGAUCUCAAAGCCUGGGAAACUUGAAGGUCAGAGUACAAGUCAGUGUGCAACACAUCUCCAUCAACUUCAUGUGUGCUUACCUUCAUCAAGAGAGAAAACAAGGUUGUUAUACAGAAUGUCAUUGGAUUUUGCUCCAGUGCUGAAGCAUAUACCUUUCAUGCAUUAUCUGUGGAGGCAUUUUGCAGAACAGGUUUUGAAUGAGGAUCUGAGGCUUGUAGUUGGCCAACAAGAGCGAAUGAACAAUGGAGCUAAUGUCUGGAAUUGGCCAGUAUCAUAUGAUAAGCUAGGUGUAAGGUAUAGACUAUGGAGAGAUGCAGUGGAAAAAGGAGCUAAGAAUCUACCUUUCAGCAAAUCCAUGUAAAUUCAGAUUCAGGGAUAGAUUGUCUUUUUACCUCGCUGCUUCUGGCGAAACAACUUGCUUGAAUGACUGAAACCCUCUUGCUGGAACUAGCAAAUAAAGAUGAUGAAUCAAAAUCUGACCAAUGUCCUACAGUUUGGCAUACCUUGGCACCUUACACAUGGAACCCAGUGUGACUCGGCGGAAACUGUUGAUUGAUUUGAGGCAUAGAAUCAAAUCGUCUCUACUUAGAAACCCCCUGUAAAAUUAUAGUUUUAACUGUACACUAGUUAUUUGAUUCCGUGUACAGUGCCAAUUCAACCCCUUUUUGUUUUUUUCCCCUUGUUCAUUCCUCCUUUUUUGACAUUCUUACAAUUAUAAUGAAGAUUGCUUUGCAGUUGGAAUA